GGUAACUAAAAAAAAAAAAAAAAAAACUGAAAAAACCCUCCAAGGCUAGUUAUGGAGUUCAUGUGAACGAAACACGGAUUUCCACCCUUCUUUACUAGUCAAACCAGUAUCGCUGGAUAGAAUUUGCUCAAGUACAGCAACAGGUAGAGUGACUGGCCGCAAACUCUUUCGUGGCUCCCUCUGAAAAUAAUCUCCCGUCUUUUUCUCUCUCUCUCUCUCCCCUUACCUCAAUUGAGUUUCUAGACCCUUUUGGUCGCUCCUCUUAUCACUUGGAAAAAGGUGAACCCUUGUGUUGUUUUUAGUUGAAUCUUUGCUUUAAUUGUAGUUUUUACCCUUGUGGUCCCUGAUGGCUUCGCACAGUGAUACUCUGGUGGUGUUCUUUGGGGCAACAGCUGGUGCAAAUGGGGGUAAACUGGGUUCGGAUGAGAGGGAAAUAAUUCUCUUGGUGUGGCAAAUUGUGGACCUACGUGAGAAAAAGGUGGGCAAGCUUCACAGAUGUCUUGUCAAGCCAGACACAUUGGAGCUUGCAGAUCAGUGUAAAGAGGAGACGGCGCUCAGUUUGGACGACAUCGUCAAUGCUGAGCCCUUGGAUAAAGUUCUGCUACAGUUCCAGCAGUCCGUGACAUCGGAAUUGAAGUGUCUCGAUAGGAGCUCUUACACUCUUUGUGUCAACAGUCCCCUUGUCAUACGACAGGCUCUUCACCCUGAGGCUUCUAAAAAGAAUCUCGUCCUUCCCGAGUGUUUCUUCUCAUUUGUGGACUUGAGAAAAGAGUUUGAGAAAUGCUGCCCCAACACCGGCCCUGCAAACAAACUGGAGAUUCCUUCCAUGUUAGAACAUGUGGGUCUUGCUGCAGUUUCAGAGCAGCUGAUGGGAGUGAGGGAAGUGAGGAGCAUGGUGCAACUGAUCCUCCACAUCCUGGCUGAGCCUUACAAUCACACAUUUUCCCUUGUGGAGACUGUGAAGUACAAAUUUGAUUCUGGCACAUGCAGUAAGACGGAGCCAGUGGACAACGAGACCAUAAUCAGAGCGCGAGGACUUCCAUGGCAGUCUUCGGAUCAAGACAUUGCUCGCUUCUUCAAAGGCCUCAAUAUAGCCAAAGGGGGCGUGGCCUUAUGCCUCAAUGCUCAGGGCAGGAGGAAUGGCGAGGCCUUGGUUCGCUUCAUCAACUCGGAACACAGAGACCUGGCACUGGAGCGCCAUAAGCACCACAUGGGGAGCCGCUACAUCGAGGUCUACAAGGCCACAGGAGAGGAAUUCCUCAAGAUUGCUGGGGGCACAUCUAACGAGGUGACACAGUUCCUGUCCAAAGAGAACCAAGUGAUCAUCCGCAUGCGGGGUCUGCCCUUCACCGCCACAUCACAGGAAGUCCUGGACUUCCUUGGUCCUGAGAGCCCAGUCACAGACGGUGCAGAGGGACUUCUGUUUGUGAAAUACCCGGACGGAAGACCCACCGGUGAUGCCUUUGUGCUUUUCUCCUGUGACGAGUACGCCCAGAAUGCCAUGAAGAAGCACAGGCAGAUACUGGGCAAGCGCUAUAUCGAGCUCUUUCGCAGCACUGCUGCUGAGGUGCAACAGGUGCUGACUCGCUACCUGUCCACCCCUCUAAUAUCCACACUGCCCGCCUCACCCAUCGUCCCCGUCCCCGUCCUCUCUACGCCGCCCUUCCUCCCGACAGCUAGCAGCAGUCGCGACUGCGUCCGCCUGCGUGGCCUGCCUUACACGGCCGGCAUCGAAGACAUCCUUGAGUUCAUGGGCGAGCACACCGCUGACAUCAGACCCCAUGGAGUCCACAUGGUCCUCAACCAGCAGGGGCGACCCUCGGGCGAUGCCUUCAUCCAGAUGAAGUCCCCGGACAAAGCUUUUAUGGUGUCGCAGAAGUGUCACAAGAAGACGAUGAAGGAUCGCUACGUGGAGGUCUUCCAGUGCUCCACAGAGGAGAUGAGCAUCGUACUGAUGGGAGGAACCUUGAACCGCAGCGGUCUUUCUCCACCACCUUGCAAACUCCCCUGUUUAUCCCCCCCAACAGCCUACGCCUUUCCCACACCACCCACCAUCUUGUCAGAGGCCGCCCUCUAUCAGCCGCCCCUACUGGCCGCUCCCAGACCUCAUCAGGCCACACAUAGCCCCGCCUUGGCCUACUACCCCCCUCAACCUCACCUGUACAUGAACAUGAACUACACAGCUUACUAUCCCAGCCCCCCAGUGUCUCCCUCCACAGUGAGCUACUUUGCAGCCCCGCCUUCGGUGGCGGUGGCGGCCCAGCCUCACCAUGCGGCUGCCGCCGCUGCUGCUGCGGCAGCGGCUGCCUCGUCUCCGGUACUCCCCCAACCCGGAGCUCUGGUGCGGAUGCAGGGCCUUCCCUACAACACAGGCGUCAAGGACAUCCUCAGCUUUUUCCAGGGAUAUCAGCUUCAGCCGGACGCCGUCCUCAUCCUGUACAACUUCAGUGGCCAGUGCAGUGGUGAGGCCUUGGUCACCUUCCCCAGCGAGGAGGCGGCGUGCCGGGCCGUGGCCGAGCGCUCCAGUCACGUCUUCUAUGGUCAGCAGAUCCAUUUGGCCUUUUGCAACUGACUGGCUGACUCCAAAUGCUUUCUGACCAGCUCGUGUACAUGGCUGCUUCCUUCCUACCAAAGCAUUUGACCGCACUUGAACCUUUAUUUUUAUUUUUUUUUUUUGCCCAGAUCAAUCAAUCUUUUGUACCAACUUGAGGAGAGUGGCAAGCAAAAGCCAUAAAUUUACUCAAGUGGAAGGAGAAAGGAAUUUUAUGCAUGCUUUUCUGUGAUUGGAUACAUUUGACCUCACCUCCACAUGUUGGUUUUGCUUUUCCUUUGGACUCUACGAAAACGCUGAAAACGUUAAGGACAGCAAGGCAACUUUUUGACUUCUUGUGACCAAACUACUGAUGGGUAUAUCUUUUUUUUUUUUUUUUUAAAUAACCACUUGCCCCCAAAAUGUGCCUAGAUUACCAGAGUAACACUGGUGUUCCUAUUGUUAGACCUCCAAUAGUCAAGGAUAUAUAUAUAAAUAUACAAACACACACACACUAUUUUUUGUUUCAUUUUUUUUUCGUUUGUCAACUUUGAUGUCAUAUAUAUUAGAAUUGUGAAUAAGAAUGUAAACGAUAAAACCUGUUAUUGAUGA